GCAUCAUGGCUAAUGAUAGAUUUGAGCUCUUCAGCCAUAGUCGUGCUGAUCGCAAGGUUCCUUGCUGGAAUUUCGUGCGGCGCUACUGUUGUUCAUGCUCCGAUAUUCAUAUCUGAAGUUGCUGAUGAAUCAGUGCGUGGAUUAUUAGCGAGUGGUAAUAUAAUAAUUUUGGAAAGAAUGGCCUUACCGUGGCGUACUGUGAGGAUAAACUCAUAGAAAUAGUCAGAAUAUUAGAACAUUACCUUAAUUUAUACUUUUAUUGGCGUUUUUUCUGAUACAUUUUUUCAUAUCUAAAUAUUCCCUGAAAAAUUUAAUUUAAGUUUUUAAUGUUGUGAUAAUACUCGUAAAUCAUUAAAAACCCCGAAAUAUCUAUAGGAAUAAAAAGAACAGUCUAUAUAACACGUGUAUACUCCCAUGUCUAACAUAGUGAUGUCAAACUUGGGCUCUAAAAUUCAAAAACGCACACAAGCUCUGUCAAAAGCAAAAGUGGAAAUGGACUGGACACAUUCUGAGGGCAAAGAAAGAGAAAUGGACAAAAACCUUUACAGAAUGGUAUCCAAGAGACGGAAAACGAAGGAAAGGUUAGAUUAGAAGCCAUAGCCUUCUUCUACUGUUUUGGAGUGCUGGUAUCAUACAUUUUCGGAUGGGUACUCACAUUCAGAUAUAUUGUGUGGAUGAACAUUCUAUUUUGUAUUUUAUACGUGGCCUUAUUACUGUCAAUCAUGGAGAGUCCUGUGUUCUUGUUGAAGAAACGAGGACCAGAGGCAGCUCGUGAAUCAAUCGCCUAUUACAAAGGCUUGUCUUCCAACUCAAAGGAAGUCACAGAUGCACUGGCAAGGCUUAAACAAGAAAUAAUGCCUGCUGUGGAACUUAUUGCAAUAUGUGAUACUGAUGAACUGGAAAAGGAAAAACUCAAUGACGACAAUGGAGUAGAGCAGGAGAAAAUGCCGCCAUACAAAAUACUUUUUUUGUCGCCAGCGCCGAGACGAGGUUUUAUAAUUGUUGCGUUGACAGUCUCAGUGCAGAUCUUGAUGGGAAUGGUAGCAGUGCAAGUUUACGCCAAAACCAUAUUCGCUCAAGCAGCACCAAACUUGUCGCCACAUCUUUGUUCGGUUCUGUUCGCUCUUGUCUUAUUCAGUGGGUCCCUGUUUUGUGGGUUCCUCUCCGAUAGAUUCGGUCGUAAACCACUUCUCAUCACAUCUUCAGCCAUUGUAGGCGUGUGUUUAUUUGGUAUGGGCGUUAUAACUCACACAAAUCUGGUCCCAGCCAUACUCACAGCCGUUCUGAUGCUGAUAUUCUGUUUCGCAUUCAUGAUGGGAGCAGGAAGUGUGCCAUAUGUUCUGUUGGCUGAACUCUUCAUGUCUGACGUUCAAAGCUUAGCGUCUAUGAUACUCAUGAAUCUGAUGUGGAUUGUCAACUUUUUCACAGUUGGAAUAUUUCCCUUUAUGAUCAAAAUCUUCGGCAUGCAUGGAUCCUUUUAUAUAUUCGCUUUGUUUGGGAUAAUCAAUGUACUGGUUGGAAUAUUCCUAGUGCCAGAAACUAAAGGACUCACGAAGGGAGAAAUACAAGAACUACUAUUAGGAAGGCGGAAGACGAUGCGAUAACUUACUAACCCAAUCGUAAGAGUUAAGAAUUUUGUUUAAUUAGCUUCGCUUGAGAUUUUUGAGGGCCACUGGAAGCUAAGAAUAUUCGUGUUACUAUUUCAUGAUAGUUUCAAGAAAAGGCCAAUGAAGACAAGCUUUUAAUUUGCGUUCAGCUAUGUUGUGUUCAGAUAAGAAUAUUAAACUGCCUGAAUUCAAUACAAUUAAUUAAUAAUAAGGUAAUAAUAAUAGCCUCAAUCAGGCUACUGGAAACCCAACGCUGGUAGCUCUUUUGGUCAACGGAUCACUCAGCUAUCGUACGCAAAAAUGCUGCUAGUAUUAUUGGUACGUUUCACCGUAGUAAUAGUUUUAAUUUUAUGUAAUGAUAGUAUUGUAAAUAUAGUUAUAAGAUUUGUUCUGUUUGAAUAAAUGAUAUUUUAGAGUCUUAGCAACUUAAUUAAUCGUCUUUAUAGCAACAUAUAGUCAUUAGAUACAUAAUAGCUUUAAGGAUAAAUGUAUACACUUCUAUAAUAAAGUCCCAGCCACUGUUUAGGCAUUAUCUAUAAAUAAAUUUAAAUGUUUUAUAAAAAAUGGCUCUGUCGUAAAUCCUAUUACUCCACUGCUAAAUAUCUAAAUGAUCGGACAGCCUGGGACUAGAUUGUGAUUAUUUUAUAGCUAUAGAAAUGACUGUACAAUAUUGUAUAUUUUUAUUGAAAAGAGCGCAAAAAAAGAAUGAUGGGAGAGUUUCUUGCGCCGCUUCUACUCUUUCAGAGCGCCAUUUCUUUCCGAAGCGGUAGUAGUAUCUAGAUACUACUACUAGUAGUAGAAUAGUAGAAAUGACAUGAAAAAAAAAUCUAAAGGAAUCCAUUUUGAGAAAAUAAAUGCCUUUUAUACCUUUAAUGCCUUUUUUAACAACCUAUGCGAAAGCUAUUUCUGUUAAUCUUGAAAAAUUUGCUCUGAAAUAAAUUACUCCAUUUAAAUGAAAUACUAUUUAAAGUAUAUAAGUACACGUGUUUUGUCGCAAUAUAAAAGUCAUAUUU